AUGCGAGAGGGCGCCAACGCGGACUCUGGAGAGCACAAGACAGUUUAUAUCAUGCCGUACCGUCUGGCAUUGGCGCCUAAGUUGCCCAAUCUGGUCAAAAAGACCGACGCGGCAGGCCUGCGUCGACACGCAAGUCGUAUGUUGGGAGCUAUCAUGAGUCCUGAGUGGAGGUGGAACGGAGCAUGCUGCAUCGAUGCGCUGUCGUGCGGCAAAGAGCAGAGAUAG